GGUCCUCGGAAUGAGACGCGGAGAGAUGCGUCGUCGUCCCACCACAUGCGCUCGCCCUCACAUUAACCCGAUGAGCCACACAACUCUUAUCCUCCCUGCUGUCCGCAUCCGAAUCAACGAGUACAAGGGAGACUACGAAGUAGAGAUUGGCCAUCGACGACCUCUGAGAGAGUUUGUGUGAGCUCCGAAGCUGCUCGAUUCCAAACCCUAACGCGAAACUCAGCACUAUCCUCUACCUCAGUUCCAUGGCCUCAGCCGCCGCCAUGGCCACACGAUCCCUGUUCUCUUCGCCAACGUCCUCCCGCCAGACGGUGGCAACGGUGACUGCGCACUCUCCCGUCCUCCCGUGGCUUCCAUUUCCAUCUCAAGCCUCUUCACCCGCUUUUCGUUUACAGGGCCGGGAACCGUGGAAGUCGGCCUCUCACUGUGGUAGAAUUGCAGGGAAUAUUGUUGUCAUGGCUACAGGAGAAGCACCAUCUGAAGUUGCUACUGAACUUCCAGAAAUAUUUAAAACCAUACAGGAAGCGUGGGACAAACUCGAAGACAAAUAUGCUGUGACUUCCCUUACUUUUUUUGCACUAAUUGCUCUUUAUGGUUCUGCUGGAUUGAUCUCGGCAAUUGAUAAGCUUCCUCUACUUCCGAGUAUAUUUGAACUAGUUGGAAUUGGCUACACUGGAUGGUUUGCAUACCGCAACAUUGUUUUCAAGCCUGACAGGGAAGCUUUAAUUGCAAAAAUAAAGAGCAUCUAUGGCGAUGUUAUUGGAAGCAGCUAAAGGGGUAUUUUUGGGAUGAGCUCUCAGAACUUUAGAGCCUGUUUGGUUACAGUUCAGGAGCAUGGUGGAGGAUCUGUUUUCAGUAUUGGUGAUCUGCGCCUUUCUUGUAUUGAUAGAAAUAUAUUGAAGCUUUCGUAUUGUUAAUGGCAGUCAGGUAUUACAAGAAAAUCUUUGUAAUUUCAGAUAUGCCCGUUUCCCCUCUUCGUGCAAUCCAUUUGUUUUGCAAAUUUAAAGAAAGCUAACAGCUUCCAGGUUUUAAAAAAGAAAAUU